CUCUACACUUGCAGAGACUUUAUGUGGCUGGUUGCAGACCCAUCAUUGGAGUGGAUGGAUGUCAUUUUAAGGGUCCUUUCUCAGGUAAUAACUACAACAAAUGGUUUGAAUAAACACUCAAAUUAGCAAAUGGUUCUUACUCAUGUUUGUCUUCUCAUGGCAAAUUUUGGUUUGAGCGAACAAUUUCAGAUAAGAGUAGGGGCGCCAAGAAUAUCUAUCGGAACCAGGGGUGAACGGAUGGGUGGAUGAAUUGAAGAGGGAGAGAGAGAUGAUGGCUAAGGCAGAUAUCAAUGGCAAAGAUCGUAGAUGGUCUCUUCAUGGAAUGACUGCUCUUGUCACCGGAGGAACGAAAGGGCUCGGGCAUGCUAUUGUGGAGGAAUUGGAUGGGCUAGGUGCAAUUGUACAUACUUGUUCUCCAAAUGAAGACCAGCUCAAUGACUGCUUGAGUCAAUGGAAGAUGAAGGGUUUUCAUCAAAUCACUGGUUCAGUAUGUGAUCUGGUGUCAAGAGCCCAACGGCAUGAGCUAAUAAACGAAGUCUCAUCACAGUUCAACAGGAAACUUAACAUCCUUAUAAAUAAUGUGGGAACUGCUGAAGUAAAACCAACAAUCGAGAGCACAGCUGAAGAUUACUCAUUUAUUAUGAGCACCAAUCUUGAAUCAGCUUACAAUUUGUCCCAACUUGCACAUCCUCUUUUGAAAGCUUCAGGAGCUGGUAACAUUGUUUUCAUGUCUUCUGUUGCUGGCGUUGUAUCAAUUGGGGAGGUCGGAAGUAUAUAUGCUGCCACUAAAGGAGCAAUAAAUCAAUUGGCAAAAUCCUUGGCUUGUGAGUGGGGAAAAGAUAACAUAAGGAUCAACAGUGUUGCACCUUGGUUCAUCAAAACUCUCACGGCUGAACCUUAUCUCAGUGACGAAAAAUAUUUGAAGGCUAUUAAUUCUCGAACCCCGUUAGGACGGCCGGGAGAGCCAGAAGAGGUGGCAGCGUUGGUGUCAUUUCUAUGCCUCCCUGCAGCUUCUUACAUAACUGGGCAGACUAUUUGCAUCGACGGAGGUUUGACUGUCAAUGGCCUCCUCUUCCAAGGGGCAUGAAUAUAAUUGGAAAGUUGAGCACAAACUGUAAUGUUUCUUUCCCAA